GGAGACGGGUGGAACGGCCCUCGCAACUGGACCGAGGCGAAGUACGGCAUUAACGGGAGCUGCAUCGAUACGGCCCGACCAUUCCAGGUGUCGGCCUCCUUCCCAAUCGACAAGCACGGCGUCCUAGAGGCCAUGCAGGUCGUCCUCUCCCAGCAGGGCCAUGGGUGUCGGUUGCAUGCCCGAGUGGACGGCUACACCCGAGGCAUGAAGGAGCUGACCCACGCGCUGCUGGACGGCAUGACCCCCAUCGUGAGCUAUUGGGCGGACGACAACAUGCUCUGGAUGGACGGGCCUGGCGACGACGGGGCGGGCCCUUGCAAGAAGGACAGCGCCAAGACGUGCGCGGCGUCGGUCAGGUUUUGGAACUUCUCGAUCGAGGACCUCGACCACAAGGAGCAGGGGCUGCUCGAGGCGGAGGCCAGAAGGCAGGACGAGGACGAGCAGAAGAGGGCCGAGAAGCUGGCGGGGGCCAGGCGGCACGCGGGCUCCGAGAAGCAGCAGGCUGGCACCGGCGAGUGGAGCGACCAGGGAGAGGGCGGCCAGAAGGCCGGCGAUCGCGGCGAGCAGCAGGAGGCCCAGUGGGGCAGCCAGGGCGGCGAGUGGCAGAGCGAGGGGGGACAGAAGCCCGCCGAGAUCCGCAUGGGCGCGUGGGCCUCGAAGGAGGACAUCAGGCCCGAAAGCGGGGGCGACUGGGACGACGCCGACUUCCUGAUGGUGAAGGA